CGACUUCAGCAGAGAAGAACUUCAGAAUACCACGCGAAAGCAAAUAAUCGACGUAGGAAUCGAACUCAAAGUAUCCCUCGACUUUCAUCCGGGGUUUCGACUCAAAGAUUAGCAUUAAUCCAACCUUGUAAACACCACAACAUGGCUCCGACGCGUUCCAAGAAGCAACGCAAGUCUACAGAAUCAGCAGGUUCUGUUGAUAUACAGAGCUUUCCAGCUCCUCCACAGAUGGUACCAACGAAGAUGCGCAGUCCUGCGACAACCCCUCCGAACAAUAGAAGUCCCAUUAGGAAGCCAAAGAUGGGCAUCACAGCCGCACAGAGGCAGGCUCUGAUUGAUAACCUGCAGUUGGAGAUCACCGAACGUGCCAGAAAGCUUAGAGCACAAUAUACGAUGCAAGCACAACAGUUAAAGACGCGUAUUGAGAUACGAGUCAACAGAAUUCCGGUCGCAUUGAGGAAGGCAAAGAUGGGAGAUCUGUUAUUGAAAUAUAGCGAAACUGCUUCCAAGCCAGCAGCUUCGACAUACAAAGUACACUCUCCAGCCAAGAAUCUUUUGCAGGCAGAGCAGAGUCGAUCACGAGCCAGCCCAUCACCGAAUCGUGGCACAAAGCGAUUGAGUGUUGAUAUGGACAAGGAGAAUGAAGAUAUCGAGAACCCCAAGAAGAGAACACGAGCAGCACCUGUCCCACCAGCACGUACAACCUCUCGAGCGAAGAUCGCACCCUCACAAGUUCUCUCUCCACGAUCAGCAAAUUCACGUACAUUGCCUCGUUCACCAAUUGCUCGACCGAUAUCUCCUCAAAAGUCAUUCCUUGCACGACCAGUCUCUCCAUUGAAACCAGUAGCCCCGGCACCAGCUGGAGGAGCGGCAGGAAUACUUACGAAUAUGGUCGAGAAAGCAAAGACAACUAGGGCCACAGUGUCACGAAAGGUCACAGCAGAGAGUAGUACAACAGGAGCAGGAAGAGGUAGAAGAGCAGCACCACCAGCAUCUGCUCCUAAAAUUGGAAAAGGCCGAGCAAGCACAAUCAGUGAAAGUAGUGAUUCAAGUAGCACCACUGUGGUUAGGAAGCCCGUGCCAGCGAAGAAGGCGCCAGCAAAGAAGACGAUGAUGAGCACGAUCAAGGGGAUGGGAAGUCAAAAGAAGAUGCCUGCAGCUGCAAAGAGUACAGCUUCAGCGGCACCUGUAUCGACUGGAAGAGUACUUAGGAAGAGAAAUUGAGAUGCGUUCUGUGAUUUGAUACUGUUGGAUUUUGUAGAUUAGCGUUUGGCGUUGCGGACUUGUGGGAAUACGAAACGUAUAUGAACUCAACGCAAAUGG